AUGAUCGACAAAUUUACUCGAGAGCGCUCCAGAGUUCAAUUUGCUAGAGUUCUUGUGGAGAUGGAUAUAACGGAUAAUCCUCCUAGGAGUAUACAAUUCCUUAAUGAGUAUGGACAGAUUGUGGACCAAGGGGUGGAUUAUGAAUGGCUGCCUAUUAAAUGUAAAGUUUGCUCUGGAUAUGGUCAUUCCAUGGUGGAUUUUUCUAAUAUUUCUACUGAUGCUGAGGGGCCAAAUAACAGUGAAGCUAGUUGGAAAACUCCAAAGAAAGUGGCUACUCUUUCCAAACAAGGACUGGUUGAAGUUGUUAGUUCUUUAUCUGCUAAAAUUCCAACUGGGCAAGGACAGAACCAAAAAAAUGCAUUUGAGGUACUUCAAGAGCAGGUGGACGGUGAGAAAGGAGAUUUCUAUUCUAGCUCUGUUACUGAAUGCAGAAUUUUGGUCAUUUGGCGGAAGACUUUUGUGAGGGUUACUAUUAUAGAGGAGACUAAUCAGUAUGUUCACUGUGUUGUUAAAUUGGCUGGUCAGAGGCAUGCUUUCUGUGCUACUUUUGUCUAUGGGCUCAAUACAAUGGAGGGAAGGAAGAGGUUAUGGCAAGGGUUACCUAGGCUCAACCUCCCUGUGAAAUCUUGGAUUAUAUUGGGGGAUUUUAAUGCUAUAUUUACUGGUAAGGAUAGAAAUGGUGGAAAACUUGUCUCCAAAAUGGAGUUGACAGAUUCUGCUCAGUGGCUUGCUGGGAAUCAAGUGGAGUUACUUAAGAGUACUGAAUCUUAUUUUGCUUGGACGAACAAUCAAGAUGGUCCAGCUCGAAUAUACUCUAAGAUAGACCAUGUGUUUACUAAUGAGGACUGGCUUGAUGUUUUCCCUAGCUCCAUAGCUGUGUUUCGGUGGGAAGUUGUUUCUGACCAUUGUUCAUGUGUUAUUUCUACCACGACCAUGGAGAAUAUGGGUAUCAAAUUGUUUCAGUUCUAUAAUUUUUGGACUGAACAUCAAGAUUUCAAAGAGGUGGUUCUGAAUAGUUGGAGGAAACCAAUCAAUGGGACUGGUUUGAGGGCUAUCUACUUGAAGACUAUGAGGCUGAAGCAUAGAUUGAAGAGGUUUAACAGGGACAAUAUUGGAGAUAUUGGUUUGAAUUAUUAG